AUGAUAUUAUGUAUUUUAUUUUACAGAUAAUGAAAGAGUCCAAAGCCUCUACUGGUGUAUCUAAGAUUGCCAGCAAAGAAAAGAAAAAUGCCAAAGAUAAAGAAAAUACUAAACAUUCACAGAAAACAUCUGUUGAUGAACAUUUAAAAUGUGACAAAGAUGAUGAUGAAAUGGAUCUAAAUAAGGAACUUUAUUCUAUUGGUCAUUAUAUUAAUAAUAAAGAAGAAUUGGUAAACCAGUUAUUUAGUGUUAUCAAAAGCAAUGAUUUAAAAGCACUUUUGCCACCAUGUUUAAAGGUGAGUUUUAUAUAG